AUGCUAGCUGAUGCUAGAUCCAUCGACCGGUCUCUUCUUGCCCCGUGGCAAAAAAUGGACGCUCUUCGGACGUUUAUUAUGCCGCGGGUUGAUUAUAUCUUGCGUGGAGAAAAGGUCGACAAGACACCUUUGAGCAUGGCUGACAAAGUGCUGAGAAAGUUGGUGAAGGGCUGGAUGCACCUUCCACAGCGCGCAAGUGCCGAAGUAGUGUACUUGCAACCUUGGAAGGGUGGAGGUGGUAUCCUCCCGCUUGCGGACCUAGUGGACAUUUCUGUCAUCGCUCAGGCUUUUAGGAUACUAUCCUGUAAAGACCUUGGAGUGGCGGAAAUCGCGAAGUCCUCACUUGAGCAAGCGGUCCAGAGACGUACAAUUCACCAACCUUCGCCACAAGAAAUUGCGCAGUAUCUUUCGGGUUCACUGGAAGGACCGUUCGCGCGGAACCAAGGUGACCCCAGUCUAUGGUCGAGGGUUCGGGUCGCUACAAGGCGUCAAACUAGUCGGUUUGUCCUAUCGUGGGAAUGGAGCGAGAUUAAUCAAGAGCUCGCACUCAAGUGCAAGGACGUUGAGGGGCGUUAUGCUUUAAUUGGUCCCGGCUCACGUUCGCAAGUAAUUUGGUGCCUAAGAAAGGCUGCCCAACAAUUUUAUUUUGAGACCCUUACGGUGAAGAAGGACCAGGGAAAGAUAUGGCAGGUCACUGCCCGCAAUCGUGAGAGUAAUCUCUGCUUGCGGGAUGGUAAAUAUAUCCGAUUCGCAGAGUGGCGUUUUAUCCAUCGCGCGCGCCUGGACGUUUUGCCUCUUAAUGGAGCAAUUCGUUGGGGGCAGCAAGAUAAGCGCUGCAGAGUGUGCGGGUAUAGCCUGGAAUCCCUUCUCCACGUCCUGAAUCACUGUAUGACGCACUCAGCGGCAUACCAAUUGAGACAUAACUCCAUCCUAACCAGGAUAUCACGGGCCUCGAGGGCAGCGGGAGAAAUGCGGGUCAACAAGCUCGUACAGGGAGCUGAUGGGGAUCUGGCACGUCUCAGACCUGACAUUGUUGUUAGCGAUGAACGGGCCAAGUCGGUACUCAUUGUUGAUGUCACUGUGUUCUUUGAGAACCAGUGCGUGGUUUUUGACGAUGCGCGUCAAUCCAAGAUUGAUAAGUAUCAUGAGCUCGCAACUGCAUUAAGGGCACAGGGAUAUCAGGUGCGUACUGACGCGAUCGUCGUCGGCUCUCUAGGUGGGUGGGACCCUAACAAUGAGCCGGUUCUGAGGGCGCUUAGUAUUUCAUCAUACUAUGCUCGUCUGAUAAGACGACUCAUUGUGUCGGAGACCAUCCGCUGGGCGAGAGACAUAUAUGUUGAGCAUGUGUCUGGACAAAGACAAUAUGUCGGUACCGUGGCGCCAAACGAAGAUGCUUCGUGCGUCCGCCCUGACGCGGACCUGACCUAUGGACCACUGUCGUCUUCUCUAACGCCUCCACCACUGCGAUCGCCGCCACCAUAA